AUGGGCAGCCCCUGGAACCGCAGCGCCGGCGUCGAGGACGCGGCCGCGCUGCCGUGCGACGAGCGCCGCUGCUCGGCCUUCCCGCUGCGGGCGCUCGUGCCGGUCACCGCCGUGUGCCUGGGCCUGUUCGCCGUCGGGGUGGGCGGCAACGCGCUGACGGUGCUGCUGGCCUGGCGCACGCGGGGCGCGCGGAGCACCACCGACCUGUACCUGGGCAGCCUGGCCGUGGCCGACCUGCUGGUCCUGCUCGGGCUGCCCCUCGACCUGUACCGCCUGUGGCGCUCGCGGCCCUGGGUGUUCGGCUCGCUGCUGUGCCGCCUGUCGCUGUCGCUGGGCGAGGGCUGCACCUACGCGUCGCUGCUGCACGUGACGGCGCUGGGCGCCGAGCGCUACCUGGCCGUGUGCCGCCCGCUGCGGGCCCGCGUGCUGGUCACCCGCCGGCGCGUCCGCGCGCUGCUGGCCGCGCUCUGGGCCGUGGCGCUGCUCUCGGCCGCGCCCUUCUUCUUCCUGGUGGGCGUGCAGCGGGACCCCCGCGCCGUCCCGAACGCCACGUCGUCGGGCCCGGAGGAAGCGGCGGCGCUGUUCAGCCGCGAGUGCCGGCCGAGCCCCGCGCGGGAGGGCGCCCUGCGCGUCGUGCUCUGGGUCACCACCGCCUACUUCGUGCUGCCCUUCCUGGGCCUCAGCGUCCUCUACGGGCUCAUCGCGCGCGAGCUCUGGCGGAGCCGGGGCCCGCCGGGAGGCCCCGCGGCCUCGGGGCGGCAGAGAGGCCACCGGCGCACCAUCCGCGUCCUCCUGGUGGUGGUUCUGACAUUUGUCGUUUGCUGGUUGCCUUUCCAUGUGGGCAGAAUCAUCUACAUAAACUCGACAGACACCCGGAUGAUGUACUUCUCACAGUACUUCAAUAUUGUCGCUUUGCAACUUUUCUAUCUGAGCGCCUCCAUCAACCCCAUCCUCUAUAGCCUCCUCUCUAAGAAGUACCGAACCGCCGCCUGGAAACUGCUGCGGGUGGGGCGGUGCCGGCACAGAGGUCUCUGCAGCGGUGGCUCCAGCAUGGGGGACAGGGACAGGAGAGACACUGCGAGCCACACAGAGACCAGCUCUAACAGGAAGACAUCUACCACUGGCACAGCCCUGCCUGCCACCUCCUCCCGCGGUCCUGGGACUUCAGAAAAAACAGGGGCUGUCACAGAGGCUUUGCCCAAGGCUCAAUCCCAGCACCGUGACAGACAUGUGCCAGUGUCCCUGCAGCUGACAGAGAUGUGUUCCAGUGACCCUGCAGCUGACAGAGGCAUGCGCUGGAUGCAUAAGCACCACGUUCCCCAGGACCCGCCAAUCUUUGACGGGAACAUCUCACUUGAAAACUCUAAGCCCCAGCUUCUUGGCGGUCUCUUGAUUCUCUUAGUUCUUGAACACGGCAGCAUCGGGCAGGUUUCCACUCAAAAAACAACGGAAAACAGCCAAAGGCAAGCGUCCAAGACCCAGCCACAGGUCAUCCCCAGUUCAACCCGCCCAGCCCCGCCCCGUGACGUCACGCGCGCGCCCGGAAGUGCAGGCGGGCUUGGCGUCAUCGAGCUGCGCCGCGGGAGCCGUUGCCGGGAGGAGGCGAGGGGUGGAGUCGUUAAGGGCCGGGAUCAUGCUUCACAGCGAGCCGCUUCCUGA